AUGGGCGACUCUCUGGCACCGUGCCUGUCCCUAUGGGGGUGGGUUGCCACCCUCACAACUGCUUUCUGGCUCAUCCAAUCGCUACGAUCAUAUCUUCGACUGCGCCAGUUCCCCGGACCCCCGGUCGCAGCCUGGUCCAAGUUGUGGAUGAUGCGGAGCACCCUACAUGGCCGCAUGCACCUGGACGUCGCCGAGGCCUGCAAGCAGUACGGCCACCUCACACGAAUCGGUCCAAACGACCUGGUCACCGACGAUCCGCACAUUAUUCGCAAAAUCAGCGCCGUGCGCUCGCCGUAUACGCGGUCGGACUGGUACAACGCAACAGCAUUCAGCCACAGCCUCAACCACGUCUUCUGCGAGCGCGACGAGGAGCGCCAUGUCGAGCUGCGAAAUAAACUCGUUCCGGGGUAUUCCGGAAAAGAAAACCUCCACCUGGAACAGAGCAUCGACGCCCAACUCACCAGCUUCUUUAAACUCAUUCGCGAGCACUAUACCUCGUCCCAAACGGACUUUCGCGCUGUCGAUAUUGCCCGCCUGUGUCAGUUCCUCACGCUUGAUAUUAUCACCGCGGUCGCAUUCGGUGAGCCCAUGGGCUUCCUAGAGCAUAAUGAGGACUUGCACGGGUAUAUCGCGAACCAAACGGCUAUGCUGCCUAUCUUUGAGUGGUUCUCGACGUUGCCCAUCUUGGAGAAGGUGAUGCGUCUCCCGGGGAUCAGUCAAUUGGCGAUGCCGAAACCGACAGAUGCGCAGGGUGCUGGGUUGUUAAUGGGAGUCGCGAAGAGAAUCGUCGCACAGCGAUAUGGACCAGAUAGGAAAACUCGGCCGGAUAUGCUCGGUUCGUUUGUGAAUCAUGGACUGAGCCAGGAAGAAGCAGAGCAGGAAACAGUCCUGCAGAUCUUCGCUGGAUCCGAUACAACAGCGACCACAAUCCGAACUGCAACACUCUUCCUAAUCACAAACCCCCUAGCCCUGGGGAAACUGCAAACGGAACUCGACAACGCAGCUUCCCAAGGCCAGCUCUCAAGCCCGAUAAUCACAUACGAACAGGCCCUCUCCCUCCCCUACCUCCAGGCCUGCGUCAAAGAAAGCCUCCGGAUCUGGCCCCCGGUUGUCGGUCUCAUGCAAAAGAUUGUCCCCCCAGAUGGCGAUACCCUCGACGGACGAUUCGUGCCUGGGGGUACGCAGAUCGGGUACUCCGGGUGGGGAGUGCAUCGAGACACAAACGUCUUUGGGAGCGAUGCCGAGCUAUACCGCCCAGAUCGUUGGGUUGAGGCUGGGGAGGAGCAACUCCUCAGUAUGAACAGGACUAUGGAUCUGGUGUUUGGAUCGGGGAGGUAUGCUUGUCUGGGUAAGCAGGUGGCGCUUAUUGAGGUUUCGAAGGCGAUUGCGGAGAUAUUUUUGAGAUAUGAUAUUGUCCUUAUUGACCCGUCGCGGCCGUGGCAGAGUGUGAAUCGGAAUGGGCUGUUCUUGCAGUCGGAUAUGAUGGUACAGAUAUCGGAGCGAGAGCGUUCAAAUCUCGAUCAAUGA